AGAAAACCCCCGCUUUUCAAAUUCUCCUUUGCAUCCUCCAUUAUUUAUUACUAACUCUCGCUCCCCUGGUCUUCCUUAUCGCCAUCUCUGCAAAGCCCCUCCUUCCUCUUCCGCUUGGCAGAGGGAUCGAAGAGGAGAGCCAUGGAAAGAGGCAAGAACGCCCUGCUCCUCCUCCUCUCCAUCUUCGCCGCCUCCCUCCUCCUCCCCGCCCUCUCCGCCCCCGCCCAGCUCCAGCCGCUCGUCCUCCGCCCCCUCCCGUCCCGUCCCGCCCCCGCCUCGUGGCCGGAGUCCGAGGCCGCCGCCUCCUUGUCGUCCGAGACCGAGGCCGAAUCUGACUCCGCCGCCACCACCAGUCUCUCCGUGGAGCUGCAGCACGUCGACGCCCUGUCCUUCAACCUCACCCCGCAGGCCCUCUUCCACCUCCGCCUCCAGAGGGACGCCUCCCGCGUCCAGUCCAUCUCCGACCUCGCCGUCGCCGCCGCCGCCGCUCCCGCUGGCAACGUCAGCCGCCCUCGCCUGGGGUUCAGCAGCUCCGUCGUGUCCGGGCUCGCCCAGGGGAGCGGCGAGUACUUCACCCGCCUCGGCGUCGGCACCCCGCCCCGCUACGUCUACAUGGUCCUCGACACCGGCAGCGACGUCGUGUGGAUCCAGUGCGCCCCCUGCCGGAAAUGCUACUCCCAGACCGACCCCGUCUUCGACCCCUCCAAGUCCACCUCCUUCGCCGCCAUCCCCUGCUCCUCCCCGCUCUGCCGCCGCCUCGACUCCCCCGGCUGCAACCAGCGCCGCCGCUGCCAGUACCAGGUCGCCUACGGCGACGGCUCCUUCACUCUCGGCGAGUUCUCUAGCGAGACCCUCACCUUCCGCCGCACCCGGGUCGGCCGCGUCGCCCUCGGCUGCGGCCACGACAACGAGGGCCUCUUCAUCGGCGCCGCUGGGCUGCUGGGCCUCGGCCGCGGGAGGCUCUCCUUCCCGGCGCAGGCCGGCCGCCGGUUCAACAACAAGUUCUCCUACUGCCUCGUGGACCGGUCCGCCUCCUCCCGGCCGUCCUCCGUCAUCUUCGGCGACAACGCCCUGUCCCGGCCCGCCCGGUUCACCAAGCUGCUGACGAACCCCAAGCUCGACACGUUCUACUACGUGGAGCUCCUCGGGAUGAGCGUCGGCGGCGCGCGCGUCCGCGGCAUCACGGCCUCCCUCUUCAAGCUGGACGCCGCGGGCAACGGCGGGCUCAUCGUCGACUCCGGCACGUCCGUGACCCGCCUGACCCGGCCCGCCUACAACGCGCUCCGGGACGCGUUCCGGGCCGGGGCGUCGGGCCUGAAGCGGGCCCCGGACUUCUCCCUCUUCGACACGUGCUUCGACCUGUCGGGGAAGACGGAGGUGAAGGUGCCGACGGUGGUGCUGCACUUCCGGGGCGCCGACGUGUCCCUCCCGGCGUCGAACUACCUCAUCCCGGUGGACAGCCAGGGGACGUUCUGCUUCGCGUUCGCGGCCACCAUGAGCGGGCUGUCAAUCAUCGGCAACAUCCAGCAGCAGGGAUUCCGGGUCGUGUUCGACCUGGCGGGCUCCCGGGUCGGGUUCUCUCCACGUGGUUGCGCCUGAGCGAUUGUCUCGCAUGUGCGGAGUCGGUAAUCGUGGGACCCACCCACCCCCGGUCCUUUUUUUUUUUUCUCUUUUUUCUUUCCUUUUUUCCGGAAAAGCAGAAAUGUCUGUUGGAAUUUAGCAGGAACAGGACGCAGGAAAAGUUUUUCCCUUUUCUCGCCCUCCACCCUUUUAUUCCUCUUUUCUUUUUCUUUAUUUCGAGAAAAUGUUUUUAGUUUGUCGUGUUAUGAUUAUAUAAAUUAAGCUGGGCGAAGCAAAUAUUGGAAAUUACAAAGACGGGCCUUCGCCGACCUGCUCAAGAAUU